AUGGCCGACGUAUUCACCCCCAUCGUCGACUGCGACGUUCUCGAAGCCGCAAAGGAGAACAUCCAGCCCCUCGCCGCCGGCCGGCGCGUCACCGCUCUCUCCGCCAUCCUCUCCACCCCGCACGCCCAGCGCGAGGUCCGUCUCGCCGACGCACGCAAGCGUCACCGCACAAACGUCGAGCUCGCCCUCGAAGACGACUCGGACGAUGCAGACCCGCUCGAGGUCUACUCUCGCUUCGUCGACUGGACGGUCGAGAACUACCCGCAGGGCCACUCGGCGGAGUCCGGCCUGCUCGAACUCCUGGAGGAGGCGACGCGCGUGCUCAAGGACGACAGGGGCGGGAAGUGGCAUGGGGACCUGAGGUACCUGAAGCUGUGGGUGCGGUAUGCGAGCUACGUGGACAAGCCGACGGUGAUCUACAAGUUCUUGCUCGUGAACGAGAUCGGGACAAACCAUGCGCUGUUCUACGAGGAGUACGCGAUCGCGCUCGAACGCGCCAACCGACGCGUCGAGGCAGACGAGACGUACCUCCUGGGCAUCGCGCGGAGGGCAGCCCCCCUCGAGCGUCUGGAAGCGAAACAUCGCGAGUUCCAGAAACGCAUGAUGGCCUCCCCAACACUCCCCCAGUCCUCAUCAUCCGAAAUGGACCCAGACGCGAUUCCCCAAUCAUCCGCGAAACGAAGGGUGCUCGGCGAGCCACCGGCAUCGUCGUCUUCGUCCUCACGCUCGCGCACAACACGUUCCGGCUCAACACGCGCACCCUCGGUCUCCGAAGACGUGUUCUCUGCCCCUGCACCUCCACGCCCGAAUGCGCGCAUGCCCAUCUUUGUCGACCCUUCAGGCGACGCGGAGAACGAUCCGAAUCAGGCGAUGAACCCCACCCCGUGGUCGGAGCUUGGCACGCGCAAGUCGCGUGUGAAGGAGAACGCGGUCGAGGUGAGCAAGGCCGCUGGGACGACGAUGCGCGCCGGGCGGUCUUCUCGAGCACCAUCCGGUUCGAAGAUCACUGUUUUCCGCGACCCUGGGCCGGAGGACGCAUCUUCCUCGUCCUCGUCGAUGCCCCCGCCUCCCGUACCCCCGGCCAAGAAGGAGAAGUCACGGACGGCGAGCACAAGCUCUAUUCCGAUCUUCCGAGACGAGGACGAACCUGUGCCAGAGCCUGCGACAAAGAACAGCAAUAGUCGGACCACGAGCAAGAGCUCGAUUGCGGUGUUCCGGGACGAAGAUGAGGCAGCCCCAUCUGAACCUGUGGACGCGGCUGCGAAGAAGGGGAAGGGUAAAAGUGCGGGCAGGAGUGUUAUCGCGGUCUUCAAAGAUGAGGAAGAGCCUAAGACUGAACCUUCCGUGCCCUCGACGCCGAGGUUCAUGCCCUUCAGAGAUGAAGAGGCCCCGACGCCAUCCGGUCCUUCUGCCGCAGUCCCUGGGACAGUGAUGAAGCCGAAGCCGGCAGUCAAGGACGCAGUGAUGAGUGCGGAAGCCGAAGCAUUGCGGAAGGAUCCUUUCAAGAACUACAGCGCCGAGGAGAGACCCGUCGACGAUUGAGCUGUUACGUUGGGGAGUUGCUUGCUAUCUGACGGAUCAUUGUAUAUGUAGU